AAUCCCAAAGCCGAGGCCGGCCCGGGAGCCUCCUCCGCCUGCCCCGCGCCUCUCCCCUCUCCCGGCGCCGCUCCAGCCUCCGCCAGAAGCUCCGGGCCGCGGCUUUGCGCUCCCAACCUCGUGGUUUUUUGGUUUUUUUUUUUUUUUUAAAUUUAAUUCGAUUUCUUUUUUUCUCUCUUUUUCUUCUUUUUUUCCCUUUUAUUUUUGGAAGGGGUUGGCGCGGACAAAGCCCCGCAGCGGAGCCCGGCCCAGCGGCGGGGCCGGGGGAUGCGGGGCGGGCGCGGGGGGCGGGCGCGGAGCCCCCGGGGCCCCCCCAGGUGAGCGGGACCGGGACGGGACCGGCACCGGCACCGGGCCCCGCUCCGAGCCCCGGGAAUCCUCCCGCACCCAUGUCCCGGCCCGGCAGCCCCCGGCCGGAGCGCCCCGAGCUGCCCCGAACCGAACCGGGACCGCCGCCAGAGGUGCCUGAGCCCUCCCUCCCUGCCCCGAGGGGUCCCCGGUCCCCUGCCCGCCCCGCAGUGCCGAAGAAGGAGAAAGCCCUGGAAGGUGACAAACCCCCGAAGAAGGAGAACGCCCUGGAAGGUGACAAACCCCCGGCAGUGCUGACAAAAGGUCCCCCGGCCGAGCUCUGUGGAGCUCCCGAAGCUGUGACAUGCCAGCCCCAGGUGGGGUCACCCCUGCAGCCCCCUGGUCCCUGCACGCAGCUGCUGCCCAACGGGGAGGCAGGGAACGGCAUCUGCCGGGCCGUGCCCAAACCACCCCGAAAGCUGCAGCCACACCACUCCAUCAACAGCCAGGGCAGCAAGAAGAGCAAGGGCAGCUCCAAGUCACCCUCUUCCCACAUCCCCAUUGAGGCGCAGGAAGAUUGCUGCGUCCACUGCAUCCUCUCCUGCCUCUUCUGCGAGUUCCUGACCCUGUGCAACAUCGUGCUGGACUGUGCCACCUGCGGCUCCUGCACCUCGGAGGACUCCUGCAUCUGCUGCUGCUGCUGCAACUCGGGCGAGUGCGCCGACUGCGACCUGCCCUGCGACAUGGACUGCGGCAUCAUCGACGCCUGCUGCGAGUCUGCCGACUGCCUGGAGAUCUGCAUGGAGUGCUGCGGGCUCUGCUUCUCCUCCUGAGGGGUCCCUCUGGGCGGGGGGAGCUGCACCAGGACCCCCCAGCCCUCCCAUAGCGGGCAAGGCUCCAGCCGGGCCCUCAGGAGGCCUCGCGGAGGAAGAGGAGGAGGAGGAGGAGGAGGAGAGCGAAUCCCCCGCUGGAAUCCCCGUCCUUGGAGCGUGUCCUGCCCCAGGAAGGGUGACACAGGACCACAGGGGCUCUGGUGGUGUCCUGGCCUGCUCUACCUCUGCCAGCACUGGGGGGACCACGGGAGCCUCCUGCCACCUGAGCCGAGAGCAGGAGCGCCUGUCACACAGAGCCACCCAGGCAUUCUGGGGACAGCCACCCUGCAGAGCCACCCAGCACUGGGGACAGCCUGUCACACAGAGCCACCCAGCAUUGGGGACAGCCCGUCCCACACAGCCAUCCCAGGGCCCGGCCUUGGGGACAGCCUGUCCCAUAGAGCCACCUCGGCUCCCAGCCUUGGGGACAACCCAUCCUGCUGCCACCGCCCCAGGACAGCGCUCCGGGUGGGUUACAGGGGGUGGCACAGAGCAGGGACACCACCAAGGCUGGGUGACCUGACGGGCUGGGGAGACGGGAAGGGAAGUGUCACGGUAUUUUAUAAAUUUUUUUUUUUGGUUCCUUUUUACUGUAAAUAAAGGUCUUUCUUCAUUUCUGACUAGCAGCUGGCCCAGCACGUGCUCUGCAGGGCACUCCCUGGAGACAGAGGCUCCGUGUCCCCUGUCCCUGCAGCCCAUCCUGCUCACAGCUGGCUUUGGGGACAUGGGACAGGUCAGCAAAAGCCCCAGGGUGCUCCUGAUUGCUCCUUGUGCUGGGAAGGAAAAUGCAAGAGGACUUUCUGUCCUUGGCUCCAGGGAACAGGUUGAGGUCCUGGAGUGCCCUGGCUCCCGUGGGACAAACCCUGGGCUCCCGUGGGACAAACCCUGGCUCUUGUCCCACCAACCCUGGGAUGUCACCUGCUUCACCAGCCCCAGAGCAUGAAUUACUCAGAGAAAAUAAAUUCUGCAAAUUCCUAUGGAAGGGCUGGGGCUGGUGAGUUUGCUGCCCUUGGAAUUGAGGUGGCUUUGGCCACUCCUGCCCUGGCUGGGACUCCCACCCGUGCCAGGGACCACAACCCCACUGCAGGGUCUCACUGCCCUUGGAAAGGCUCAGCUGGCCCAGCUCAGCUGCUGCCUGGGCUGAAGCUGAGUGAGGAGGGAAAAGCACUUAAAAAGCGAGGCCAAAUGGGUCAGUUGGUCACAGUGACAGGGGCUGCCUGGGGAUCUGGGCUCGCUGCCCUCCGGCGCUGCCGCUCGGCCGGGAAUCCUAUUUUUAGUGGUGAGCGAGAGCCCAGCGUGGUGCAAGUGCACAGAGGAGACACAGAGGAUGGUGUGGGCAGCCUUCCUCCACCCCACAGCCCGCAGGGAGCGCUGGGGGUGCUGCGUUUGGGGUUUGACCCCUCGGUUAAGCAGUCAGGGGUGGGAUGCACACCCUGCCCACCCUGGCACAAACGGGAUCAGGGCCCCGUGUGGCACUGGCAGGGUCGCUCAGAGCUGUUCCACAGGCUCUGCUCCAAACCUUUUGCAUCCUUGGCACGGAGGUUCUGGCCUUCCCCAGCCUGGCCUCGUUUCUGCCGCUAAUUAGGGAGCCUGGAGCUGCCAGGGCUGCUCCCACCAGGCGCAGCCGCUUAAUGGGGAACAGAUUCCCCCAGUGCAGGAGGGUUCUGAGGGCUGCCUGGGUGGGGUGGGGGUCACACACACACCCCCAGAUCCCUCCUGCUCCUCCUCAGCCCCCCAGCCCUUUAGUGCUGCUCCCAAAGGAGCAGGUCCCCACCCAGAGCAGGGAUGGGAUCCUGGUGUGUUUUCCUCCAUGGGUGUGAUGUUCAUGCUUCUGUGACGGCUGCCUUGGAGAAAAUGCAAAUAAAAGAGCAAUAAUCAGCACAGGGCUGCCCAGAUCUCUGCGCUCUGCAAACUUCCCCCUCAGAGAGCUGUUCCCGACUUCCUCAGCAGCUCCUCAGGGCUGGAGGUUGGAAGGGGCAAGGACGGAUUUAUUUCAGCCCCCACCCCAAACCUGAGGUGCAUUCCCUGCCCUGGGCAGUGCUGCUCACACCCCAGGAGCUCCUGGAAUUCCCUGGGGUGGUUCUGGGAUGUGGGAAUGAUGGAUCAGAGCAGGGAUUGGUGACCCAGAGCAGGGAAUGACGAACCAGAGCAAACUUGAAAAAUUUAAACCCUUCCCCUGGAUGCAAGUUGGCACUGGCCAGGCAGGUUGCAAAACACUGGGCAGGGCAAGAGUUAAACCCUCCUGCCUGGGAAUUAAUUAACAACAGAUGUGCUUGGUUUUAACUAAUUUCUCUCCUGCCAACACUUGGUUUUUAUGGUUUUCUCAGAGUUGGAGCACCAUGCCCACGCUGUGUUGAUCCUGCUGGGUUUUCCUGGGCACCCUGGGCUUCCCUGCCUGCCUUCCCCAGCCUGGC